AUGACAGCGGACAUCAUUACCCCAAGAGACAACAUGAUCAUCCUCCAGACUGAAAGACUCAAACCAAAACCCUACCAAGUGAAGGUGGUCCAACAUGAUGAAAUCAUAAAACUCAUUGGAUCCUACUUCUCAAGUAUCAGACCUGGCAAAAAAGCAGGAGACCCAACUGUACAUCAUUUGCAGGCUCUUCAAUUUAGCCCUGAUGACAAGGUCCAGUACAAGCUAUCCUUCUCUGAGAACUCUGAGUGGGAUGCACUGCCAUAG